AUGGAUCUAGACGAAAAACGCGUUGAAGGCUGGAAAUAUCUAAACAAACAAUUCUUUGGUGAUGGAGAACGAGCAAACUAUGUAAACAUUCCGCAUGUUAUUGCAAUGGUUGGUCUGCCAGCUCGGGGCAAGACAUACAUAUCUAAGAAGCUGUCAAGAUAUCUUAAUUGGAUAGGAAUUAAUACUAGGGUAUUCAAUCUUGGAGAGUACAGACGACAUGCUACAACUGCAUACACAAGUCAUGAGUUUUUCAGAGCUGAUAAUAAAGAGGCCAUGGCUAUACGGCAGCAAUGUGCGCUGGAUGCAUUGCAUGAUGUCUGUGAGUGGCUGGUUAAAGGUGGAGAGGUUGCUGUGUUUGAUGCCACAAACUCAACAAUGGAGCGACGGCGAAUGAUCCGAGAAAUCGUUGUUCACAAAAUGGGCUUCAAACUAUUCUUUGUAGAAUCCAUUUGUGAUGAUCCACGCAUUAUAGAACAAAAUAUUAUGGAAGUAAAAGUAAGCAGUCCGGACUACACAAACUUACAAGACACUGACAAUGUUCUAGAUGACUUUUUACUAAGGAUAGAGCAUUAUAAGGAAAAGUAUGAGCCGUUGGACGAAAGCCUUGAAUCGGAAUGCAGCUUCAUGAAAAUAUAUGACACAGGAGAAAAAGUGGUUGUACAUAAACAUGAAGGACAUAUACAGAGUCGGAUUGUAUAUUACUUGAUGAAUAUACAUAUAGUACCACGAACAAUUUAUUUAACAAGGCACGGUGAAAGUCUCCACAACUUAGUGGGACGUAUAGGCGGUGACAGCGAGUUGUCAACCCGAGGAAAACAAUACGCCAGUGCACUAGCCACUUAUAUAGACCAGCAAAAUAUCCCCGGUCUACGCGUUUGGACAUCCUGGAUGAAGAGAGCCAUACAAACGGUGAAGGAUGUCCGAGCACCACAGGAAAGGUGGAAGGCCCUUAAUGAGAUUGAUGCGGGGAUAUGCGAAGAAAUGACCUACGCAGAAAUACAACAGAAGUACCCGUCAGAUUUUAAUUCCCGGGAUGCGAACAAGUUCGCCUACCGGUACCCUCGAGGGGAGAGCUACGAAGACCUGGUGGCACGACUGGAGCCGGUCAUCAUGGAGCUGGAGAGACAAGGGAAUGUACUGGUGGUGUCCCACCAGGCCGUCAUGAGGUGCCUCCUGGCCUACUUCCUGGAUAAGUCUGCUGAUGAGCUCCCAUAUCUUCAUGUGCCAUUGCACACAGUGAUAAAACUGACUCCGGUUGCGUACGGCUGUCGGGAAGAACAUAUUAAAUUGUCCGUCGAUGCCGUAGACACACAUCGGCCGAAACCAUCUGUGAUACCUGCUCCGCCCAUUAAGUCGCCAGUUCCACCUGUACUCAACGGUGAAGCAAAUGGAGAUAACAAAAAGGACCAACACUAG